AUGCUGGUUGCCAUGACAACUACUAUGGCAGACGACUUCGGACUGGGUGCGUUCUACAUAGUCGCCAAGACAACAAGACCAAGUUGCGACAACGAGGCCAACCCAUUUCUAUUUCGUCUUAUCGUUCACAGCAUUCCACACUUGGUACAGUUUAGCUCCGAUGGGGAGUCUGUGCGACGAGACGGCUCGUCUGGCGUUGAGUCGGCGCGUCGGAGAAAGCCGAGACAAAUCACAAGUGCACAGUGUACAUGUGUCGUGCUUUCUGUGUGUUCUGCACAAGCCAGCUUCCAUCAACUCGUCAGUCUUGUAAGCAAAUCUGGCCUGUUGUGCUACACUUUCUCUCAUCAGCUGACGUGCGCAACUCCUUUUGUGCCAAAGUUUGUGCAUAUUAUCGUAUUCAUUUUCCAUUUUGCCUCGGUCCGUUCUAUUCGGCAAAUGUUCAUUAUUUUUCGUUUGUAA